GCCAAACAUGUGAAGUGUGGGAGGACUUCUUCGAUCAGAGUUCAGGGGACGAAGGUUUUUCGAGGAUUUUUUUUAUGGGAUGUAGGUUGAGGUGUGGGGCAAGAGUGUUUGGGGAUCAUGAGUGUCACGGAGAGUGCUCAGAGUGGAGAGCAGGGGCCUUACCUGGAGGAGAGGAUUGUAGCACUAAUUCGAGAGCUUCCAGUUCUAGGACAGCUAUUUCAUAUACAUUUUAAAAUCGGCGAGGGGACUUUUAGCUCUGUCUACCUCGCGACGUUGAAAGAAUCCGGAUCUUCCAAAGAAUCGAAAAAAUUCGCUGUGAAACAUUUGAUACCGACGUAUCCACCUGCUAGGAUCGAGAGGGAGUUGCAAUGUCUACGUGAUAUUGGAGGCGCUGACAAUGUUGUGGGGAUUGAAUUCUGCGUACGAAGUGGAGCAUCUGUUGCCUUUGUCAUGCCUUACAUAAGACACACCAAAUUUUCGGAUUACGUUUACAACAUGGGAACGAUCGAGUUGAAGCACUAUAUGAGAGCCCUCCUGGUAGCUCUGAGAAAAGUCCACAUGUUCAAUAUAAUGCACAGAGACGUAAAACCCAGUAAUUUCUUGUACGACAGGAGGAACAAAAGGUACCUACUCGUCGAUUUCGGAUUGGCGCAGGAGUACAAAGAGGAAAAGAAAGUUGAGAUGAACAAACCCCAACCUUUGGAGACUUACUGUGUAAAGAGAAAACGAACUGAUGAGAAUAAACGUCAGCAACUCGAGGAAACCAAGCAAACUGCCGCCGACAGUAAAUGCUACUGCUUUGGAAAACCAAGGGUCUGUUCUCUGUGUUUAGCGAGACCAUCACAAGUUGCAUCUCGAGCUGGUACUCCGGGCUACAGAGCUCCCGAAGUUUUGUUUAAAUGUCCUCAUCAAACUCCAGCAAUCGAUAUCUGGGCAGCUGGAGUGAUAAUGCUCUGUAUUCUCAGUGCAACGCAGCCCUUUUUUCGUUGUCCUGAUGACUGCACAGCUCUAGCUGAAAUUACAACCCUUUUUGGCACCGAAAAAAUGACAGCAUGUGCACGGAAACUAGGAAAGAAAUUGAUCUGUAGUGAGCAAAUGCCUGGCACUGACAUAGUAUCUCUCUGCCAGAAACUUCGAGCACGUGUGAAAAUUCCUCCAAAAGAUAAUUCUCGAAAUGAUUAUCGUAAGAACGUUCUAGUCGAGCAUUAUCCCCCCGAAGCCUUCGACUUGCUCCUCAAACUCCUGGACGUUGACUACAAAACCCGAAUCACCGCUGAUGACGCCUUAAACCAUCCAUUUCUCAGAGGAUAAUUCACUCAGGGCCUUUCAAGCACAUUUAAAACAUGAUAUUUGCGGAAAAAUAAACCGCUCAGUACGAUACAAUAUUUUUUAUUCAAAAGUCUUGUAUAAAGUUGUAAUAUUUUAUAUACAAAUAAAUUC